CGAACUCGCGCCAACAGUCUUCACAGUGCUGUGUUGGCGGAGACCCGUUGCGCGUCUGUAGUCAACGUAGCGUCCUGUAAGAAGACUGUAAGGACUAGAAAAGUCUCCUCAAAGUGAAAAUAAAAAGUUCCUCGUCUCUUUGUUUUACCGCUAGUCACAAUGCGUGAGUGCAUAUCGAUCCACGUUGGUCAAGCUGGUGUACAGAUUGGCAAUGCCUGUUGGGAACUUUAUUGCCUGGAGCAUGGAAUCCAGCCCGAUGGCAAUAUGCCCAGUGACAAAACCAUUGGUGGUGGAGACGACUCCUUUAAUACUUUCUUCAGUGAAACUGGCUCAGGGAAGCAUGUCCCAAGGGCAGUUUUUGUAGAUCUGGAGCCUGCAGUAAUUGAUGAAGUAAGGUCUGGCACAUAUCGUCAGCUGUUCCACCCUGAGCAGCUUAUCACAGGCAAGGAAGAUGCAGCUAACAACUAUGCCCGUGGCCACUACACUGUGGGGAAGGAAAUCAUUGACCUGGUGCUGGAGCGAGUUCGCAAACUGUCUGAUCAAUGCACUGGUCUUCAAGGAUUCUUAAUCUUCCACAGCUUUGGUGGGGGCACUGGCUCUGGUUUCACUUCACUACUCAUGGAGCGCCUCUCAGUUGAUUAUGGGAAGAAGUCCAAGCUGGAGUUUGCAAUCUACCCUGCACCACAAGUGUCCACUGCUGUGGUUGAGCCAUACAACUCGAUCCUGACCACCCACACCACCUUAGAGCAUUCUGACUGUGCUUUUAUGGUCGACAAUGAAGCCAUUUAUGACAUCUGUCGCCGAAACUUGGACAUUGAGCGGCCAACAUACACCAACUUAAAUCGUCUCAUUGGGCAAAUUGUGUCCUCCAUCACUGCCUCUCUUCGAUUUGAUGGUGCCCUGAAUGUGGACCUCACAGAGUUCCAGACCAACUUGGUACCAUAUCCCCGCAUCCACUUCCCCCUGGUCACCUACUCUCCUAUCAUUUCAGCUGAAAAAGCUUACCAUGAGCAGCUGUCGGUAUCUGAAAUCACCAAUGCAUGCUUUGAGCCUUCCAACCAGAUGGUAAAGUGUGACCCACGACAUGGUAAAUACAUGGCCUGCUGCAUGCUGUAUCGAGGGGAUGUGGUGCCUAAGGAUGUCAAUGCUGCAAUUGCUGCCAUCAAAACCAAGCGGACAAUCCAGUUUGUAGACUGGUGCCCAACUGGCUUCAAGGUUGGCAUCAACUAUCAGCCACCAACUGUCGUUCCAGGUGGCGACCUUGCAAAGGUCCAGCGUGCAGUUUGCAUGUUAAGUAAUACCACUGCCAUUGCGGAGGCCUGGGCUCGUCUGGACCACAAAUUUGACCUGAUGUAUGCCAAGAGAGCCUUCGUGCACUGGUAUGUGGGUGAGGGCAUGGAAGAAGGGGAGUUUUCUGAGGCAAGGGAGGACCUGGCUGCUCUGGAGAAGGACUAUGAAGAGGUCGGCACAGAUUCAGUGGAAGGGGAGGAUGAAGGCGAGGAAUAUUAAAUGAGAAAUCUGUCAGAAUCCACCACCGUCUAUUACGGUUAGAACACGGAGGAUGAGGAAGAGUGUAUUGUACACUGCCAGCUGUCAUUCUUAAUUUUUUUUUGUGUGUUCAGUCUGUUUUCAUUUCUGUGUUGUCUAAUAAAUCUGGGUUGAAACACCAUUUUAUUUAGAA